UUUAAGUCUUUCAACAUAAGAAACCAAUCGUGUAUGUGAAAUUGGAACCCUGAGAUGGAUCCAUCUCAUUAUUAGUAAGUAUUCUAUUGUCAUACUUCUAACUUCAGCAAUCUUCAAUUAUAAAAAAAUGUAUUAUACAUAAUAAUAUAUAUACCUACUUCACCAGAUCUAUUGUGUUAUUUUCUUUCACAUCUACACCUAUCUGAUUUUUGUAUAUUUAUAUUUUUGUACAGUAGUUUAAAUAAAACGUCUAUCUUAAAGAACAAAACAAAUUUUUAUGUUUAUUUUUUACUAAGUUGUUUUCACUGGGUGUGUGUGUUUGUGUUGUUUGGGAAAGAGACGUAGUGUCCACAAUUGAUAGGCAGCAUACCAUUAAACAUGAUAGGCAAUGGACAAAUAACCAGUGUAGGCUAUGGCGCAAACAUCAUGAUAGGCAGCAUACCAUUAAACAUGAUAGGCAAUGGACAAAUAACCGGUGUAGGCUAUGGCGCAAACAUCAUGAACAAUUAACUGGUGUAGGCUAUUACAACUAAGAUGGGCGUUGUCUUUCUAGCAACGCUACAUGAUAUAUUACAUCAGGCCUGCACAACUCAAAAUGUAAGGCGGGCCUUACAUUUUGAGUUGUGCAAGCCUGGUGUAAUAUAUAGUCGAAAUCAAUUGUGUUGAUCAUAGUGAGAUAAUGAAAUCAACUGUGUUGAUCAUAGUGGGAUAGUCGAAAUCAAUUGUGUUGAUCAUAGUGAGAUAAUGAAAUCAACUGUGUUGAUCAUAGUGGGAUAGUCAAAAUCAAUUGUGUUGAUCAUAGUGGGAUAGUCGAAAUCAAUUGUGUUGAUCAUAGUGAGAUAAUGAAAUCAACUGUGUUGAUCAUAGUGGGAUAGUCGAAAUCAAUUGUGUUGAUCAUAGUGAGAUAAUGAAAUCAACUGUGUUGAUCAUAGUGGGAUAGUCGAAAUCAAUUGUGUUGAUCAUAGUGGGAUAGUCGAAAUCAAUUGUGUUGAUCAUAGUGAGAUAAUGAAAUCAACUGUGUUUGUCAGAGAAGAUCCUAUGAAUUAUCUCCACACAAAUCGAAUACUUUUUUAAAAAUGCAUUUGUUAGAUACCGCAGAAAGAUGUUUGCUGAUAAGAUUACAGCUUUACUUCUUAAAAGGUUCAUCUCAAACACUGGCGGAUCAACUAGAAGACAGCAGCAUGGGUCAAAACAAAAGGACACGUGACCAACGAAAAGUGACCUUUGACAAACGGAGCUCGAGACACUGAUAAAAUGAUGAUGAAAUAAAUAGCUGAAGAAUGGCACCAAAAGAUAGCACACAAAAAGUGACUAACAACAAAUAUAAGUUAAUAACAUAAAAUGAUAAGUUACCAAACCAAAAUGAUAAGUGACCAACGUAAAAUGAUUAGUGAUAAACACAAAAUGAUAAGUGAUAAACAUAAAGUGAUAAGUUUAUAACAUGAAAUGAUGAGUUACCAACUUAUAAUGAUAAGUGACCAACAUAAAAUGACAAGUGACCAACGUAUAAUGAUAUAAUGAUAAGUGACCAACAUAAUAGGAUAAGUGACCAACAUAUAAUGAUAAAUGAACAACAUAUAAUGAUAAGUGACCAACACAAAGGGAUAAGUGACCAACAUAAAAUGAUAAGUGACCUACAUAAAAUGAUAAGUGACCAACAUAAAAUCGUAUGGGACCAACAUAAAAUGAUAAGUGACCAACUUAAAUGAUGAGUGACCAACAUAAAAUGAUAAGUGAUCAGCAUAAAAUGAUAAGCGACCAACCUAUAAUAUAAGUAGAUAGUCAUUUCUGCAAUGAACUUAGUUAUUUCUUUUCUUUAUAAAAAAAUAUGUAAAAAAAACUUUCUACUAUUCAGGAAUCUUAAGACGUGACACAAGCCCCGGGCAAAGUUCACGAUGAAUUCGCUCCUGAUACCCCAUGUCAGAUAAGGUUUGGAUCGUCUUUAAAGGCACAGAAUACUCUUUCUGUCCUUGCGACCACAGAGACGUUGAUUGCUUGCCAUGGGGCUCCUAACUGCUGUUGUUGUAGCUGCUAUUUGUGUAGUCACUGGCGUCUCGGGGAAGGAUCUGGUUGUACGAGAUUGCAGUAAGUGAAUCAAAAUAGUUAUGUUCAGUGUGACAACCAGUUGGUUCAAAUCAUCAGUGUGACAACUAGGUGGUUUACGUCCUCAUUGUGACAACUAGGUGGUUCACAUUCUCAGUGUGACAGAUAGGUGGUUCACAUUCUUAGUGUGACAGCUAGGUGGUUCACAUUCUCAGUGUGACAACUAGGUGGUUCACAUUCUCAGUGGGAAACUAGGUGGUUCACAUUCUCAGUAUGACAGCUAGGUGGUUCACAUUCUCAGUGUGACAACUAGGUGGUUCACGUCCAUCGAGUGUUGGCUGACAACAGUAAUUGGGAGCUUAACAUGGUACAUCUCAGGGAAUGACGUCACCUGGUUAUCCACUGCUUGGAUUCCUAAGCACGAUUCUGUAGAUUAAGCACGUCCACUUAUGUUCAGUUCCCAUGCUUUCUGAAAUCAUCCUUUUGAUACAGUUAUUCUGCAGUCUUAACAAGUUUUAUCCCUCUGUGUCCUUGACCUUUGGCCGUUGUGUUAAAUGAAGCUAUUCGGUAUUUGGAAAAGUGAUUUUGGGGGAAUUCAGGAAAAUGAACCCCGUAUAGGUAAUUCCCGGUCAAUUCAUAUGCGAAAAAUGGACAGUGGUAAUAGAAAUUCAAAGAUUUUGACCCCUUGAGACUCAUGGACAUUACUGGGGUAACUCGGCUUCCUACAAUAGAUCUUAUUUGCUUUCACAAAAAGUAACUUUCACAUAAGUAACAUUCACGUAUUCAACCUUAACAUGUAUAAUUUUUGUAUCGUAAUUGCUUUAUUUCCCUCGGAACUCUGCUGGCCAUCUGCAGUCCUACACACAAGACACAUAGCAAGAUAAGAUCUCAGCCUUUGAUCUUGCCGAUAAGCGUAAUUAGCUUAACUCGUCCAACCUGGACACAAACUUGGGUUAUGAGACUACGUUAUCUUACCGCACUCUCUCAUAAGAAAUGGCCUGGUGGAUGUGACCAAAACCGCCUGGACAGCGAGUGCAACCAAUAAGGAAAUAUACUUCUACAUCUUCACGAUCACUGAGACGUCGAUUGAAUAUUUUUAAACUGUUUUUAAAAGCAGCUAUAUACCACAUUUUUUUUUGCCAAAUUUGGAAACAUUCCCACUGCACAUAGUUGGUGUACAUUGCUAGAGUUCAUUGUUUGUGUACAUUUUCUAAUAAUUAAAAUCAUGGUACAUCUAAAGGUCAUUGCUUAACGUAUUCAAAACACGUGUUGCUUCCUCAAGGUCGAGGAACAUUCGUCAUUAAAAAAUUCAGGGAAACGUUGUUCCUUUAAAAUUCUGGGAAAUAAUCCUUGUGUAAAUAUCUGGGAAACAAUCUUUGUGUAAAAAUCUGGGAAACAAUCUUUGUGUAAAAAUCUGGGAAACAAUCCUUGUGUAAAAGUCUGGUAAACAAUCUUUGUGUAAAAGUCUGGGAAACAAUCUUUGUGUAAAAGUCUGGGAAACAAUCUUUGUGUAAAAGUCUGGGAAACAAUCCUUGUGUAAAAGUCUGGGAAACAAUCCUUGUGUAAUAGUCUGGGAAACAAUCUUUGUGUAAAAUUCUGGGAAACAAUCUUUGUGUAAAAGUCUGGGAAACAAUCCUUGUGUAAAAAUCUGGGAAACAAUCCUUGUGUAAAAAUCUGGGACACAAUUCUUGUGUAAAAAUCUGGGAAACAAUCCUUGUGUAAAAAUCUGGGAAUAUUGAUCACUUUUCAGGUAUUUAGAAGGAUCAGUAUUCUAUUACAGAUUGCAUUAAUCUGAAGGCAAUAUCAAAGAUCUUGUAUAACUCUUUGAUUCUUUUUAAAGAAACAAAAAUCCUAUAUAUUAACUUCGCUUUUGUUCAUGAGUUGCUUUGUUUCUGUGUGGUAAAAUCUUUGGAACGCUAAUUGACCCAUUCCCGUCGUCUUAACGAGCUGAACCUUGGCCACGAGACUCUGCCGAUGACAACACAUUCUUUCAAAUUAAUAGCCCCCCCCCUCCACCUAACCCCUUCCCCCACCCCAGCAUCCGUUUGUCCUGUGGGAGGGGGGUGUUAGCGAUUUGUUCAAUGGGUGCGUCUUUUGGUGUGGAGAUUAAAUGUUUAGCUGUCGCUCUGUGCUUUGUAUGUGUGGCGCAUUUGGGCAUGCAAUAAAAAUGAAAUUUAUUUUUGGAGGGGACACUUAUGAAAAUAUAAAACGUGUUUUCGCCAGAAGUUCAUCAAAUUACAUAACUGCUUCUUUAUAAAUGAAAAAUCACAUACAAUUACAUAUAUGUAAUCAAAAAUUCAUAUAAAGGAUUUAUGCAAACAGCUCUGUUUUAUGGGGUUGUUUAAGUUGUUGUUAAAUAAACGGAUGAUAUGAAGACUGUGUUGUAUGUUCAAAGCCAGACGUUCUACUGUGUAACCUGUCUAUGCUGCCUCCUGUCUAUUGACAGCCAAUCUGACCGUGACGUCGCCCAUCAUCACCAUCAACAACUACAGCUUCGUGCCCUACCCCAUCCCGUCCCCUGGACAGCUGACCGCGUCCCUCUCUGCCACCCUCAACAGACCGAUUCCAGCUGGUGGCCUUGAACUCAAGGUCCAUAUCCGCAAGGAUGUCUUUUUUUGGAUUACCAUUAAUUGUAAAAACAAUUUUGGAAGCUGGUGAGUGAUGAGCUGGUGAUGAGUGAGUGACAAAGGGUUAGUGAGUGACAAAUGGUUAGUUAGUGACAUAUGGUUUGUGAGUGACAGUUUGUUACUGUGUGACAGCUUGUUAGUGAGUGGAAGCUAGUUAGUGAGCGACAGCUUGUUCAUGAGGGACAGCUUGUUAGUGGGUGACAUUUUGUUAGUGAGUGAAAGCUAGUUAGUGAUCGACAGCGUCUUAGUGAGAGACAGCUAGUUAGUCAGCGACAGCUAGUUAGUUAGCGAAAGCUAGUUAGUGAGUGACAACUUGUUAGUGAGUGACAGCUUGUUAGUGAGUGAAAGCUAGUUGGCUAGCGACAGCUUGUUAAUGGGUGAAAUCUAGUUAGUCAGUGACAGCUUGUCAGUGGGUGAAAGCUAGAUAGUGAGUGACAGCUUGUUAGUGGGUGAAAGCUAGAUAGUGAGUGACAGCUUGUUUUUGGGGUAAAGCUAGAUAGUGAGUGAAAACUUGUUAGUGGGUGAAAGCUAGUUAGUUAGCGACAGCUAGUUAGUGAGGGACAACUUGUUAGUGAGUGACAACUUGUAAGUGAGUGAAGGCUUGCUAGUGAGAUAAAGCUAGUUAGCUAGCGAAAGCUUGUUAGUGGGUGAAAGCAAGUUAGCUAGCGACAGCUUGUUAGUGAGCGACAACUUGUUAGUGAAUGAUAGCUUGUUAGUGAGUGAAAGCUAGUUAGUUAGCGACAGCUAGUUAGUGAGGGACAACUUGUUAGUGAGUGACAACUUGUAAGUAAGUGAAGGCUUGAUAGUGAGAGAAAGCUAGAAAGCUAGUUAGCUAGCGAAAGCUUGUUAGUGAGUGACAGCUUGUUAGUGAGUGACAACUUGUUAGUGAGUGACAGCUUGUUAGUGAGUGAAAGCUAGUUAGCUAGCGAAAGCUUGUUAGUAAGUGACAGCUUGUUAGUGAGUGACAACUUGUUAGUGAGUGACAGCUUGUUAGUGGGUGAAAGCUAGUUAGCGACCGACAGCUUGUUAGUCACUUCUUUAAGAAUUGUCUUUUUGGUUGAACCAAUUAAAAUGUAAUGUUAUUUAUAAAGAUCAUUUAAAGGAAUUGGAUUGAUUGUAUAGAACCGUUGAAAAAAAUUCUAAGGUACCCAACAACAAAAGUUCUUUUCUCCUGCUACCAGUUUCCACUGAUUUCACCAAAUAAAAUUCCCGACAAUUGCGCAAGAUGAGAUCCUUUAAAUUAUCGAUCUUGAUGCGUAAUGUUUUGUUUUGUUUUACAGAAAUAUCUGGUGAAAUAAAAUCUGCGGUGUAAAAGUGGAUGGAACAUAAGAAUAUUUUUAUAGUUCAUGGGCGUGAAAAAAAAAUUGGGGUUGAGAGCCUUGUUGGAAAAGGGGGGGGGGGACGACACUAAUUGAGGCUCUUAUAAAAUGCGUUACUUUUAUGCAUGUCUUGUGAAAUUUUGAAACCCGCCCUGGUUGCUCGAUAUUACGUUUUAUAAAGAAUUUAUACGAAAAAUUUUGUUGUUUUUGGCUGUUUAAUUAACGCGUAAUCAAUGUUGUAUGUUUCCCACUGCGAUGUAACCGUCUUGGACCAUCCAUUCCAGCGACUAUGACCUCUGUGACCUGCUGUCCUAUUUCGAGAACACGACGUGUCCCCAGCAGCUGAUCGACAACAACAUACCAUGCACGUGCGGCACCAUCGUCCCUGGCACCUACAACCUCAUCAACCAGGUCUUCGAAAUACCUGACGUCACAACGAUCAGCUCAUUUGCUUUGGUGAGUUUGUGAGUUGGUGAAUUGUGAGUUGGUGAGUGGGUGAGAUGUGAGUUGGUGAGUUGUAAGUUUACGGAUUUUGAUAUGGUGAGCUUUGAUAUGGUGAGUGGUGAGUAGGUGAGUAGGUGAUUUGGUGCGUUGUGAGUUGGUGAGCUGGUGAUUUGGUUGUUGGUGACUUUCUGGUUGGUGAAUUGUGCGUUUGUCAAAUGGUGGUUUGUCACUUGUUGGUUGGUAAGUUGCUCACUUGGUGGAUAAUGAGUCGGUAACUUGGUGGUGGCGCCAAUGAAGUGGUUGGUGUCCAAUGAGGUGGUUGGUGCCCAAUGAGGUGGUUGGUGCCCAAUGAGGUGGUUGGUGCCCAAUGAGGUGGUUGGUGCCCAAUGAGGUGGUUGGUGCCCAAUGAGGUGGUUGGUGCCCAAUGAGGUGGUUGGACUCUUGCAAGGUUUCCGAACUAAAGAUACAUAUUUAGGUCUCAUAAAAAUAAAUAAAAACUUUAAUCGAAUUCGAAUGUUUCAGAUAUUUUCUGUGUCCCUCUCUUUGUCUUCGUCAACCAAUAAGUCUGUACCGACACAUUUACAUGCAAGUCUUUUCAUGUCCGUAGAUACACGGUUCUUCCCUCCCUUACUUUUCUAGUCACGCUAGGGUCAACAAUUUUAUUAUGUAAUGGGUGAGUGUAAUUGUUCGUAUUAAACCAUCUUAUUAUGUAAUGGGUGAGUGUCAUUAUUCGUAUUGCCAUCUUUGCAGGGAGACUAUCAGGUCCAGUUCAGCCUUGUGGAUAAGGUCACCCUGGAGGAAGUCUACUGUCUACACGUGGAGCUCACAGUGAAGGACCCCAACGCAUGCAGCGGCUUUCUGUGUAGCCUCUUUGGGCGUCGUGGAAUCCGUGCCCUCUGGUCAUGGCUCUUCUAAAUCCCGGUUAUCCUGACCCUGAAGUCGAUGCCUGGAAAGCGGUGCACCAACGUGAAGUUGCAUUCACGGGUUCUGAGAAACACCAAACGUUAAUUUUGUUUGGAGAUUACAAGCGUUUGACACAUGUAACGUCUCAUUCGUUUGUUUUGUGUAUUCUUGAUUU